AUGUGUCGGAAGGUACGAAGGGUCAGUGGGAAGAAGAAACCCAUGAGAACUGAGACAGGUGAGAAGCGACAUCUUUGUGAAAAAUGUGGGAAAAGUUACAGUAGAAAGGAUAGUUUGUCCGUCCACAUGAGAACUCACUCAGGUGAGAAGCCACAUUCUUGUGAAACAUGUAGGAAACGUUUCAGUAGAAAGGAUAGUUUGUCGUUUCACAUGAGAACUCACACAGGUGAGCAACCACACCCUUGUGAUACAUGUAGGAAAGGUUUCAGUAAAUUGAGCAAUUUGUUGGCCCACAGGAGAACUCACACUGGUGAGAAGCCACAUACUUGUGAAACAUGUGAGAAAAGUUUCAGUAGACGGAGUCAUUUGUUGGUCCACAAGAGAAUUCACACUGGUGAGAAGCCACAUCCUUGUGAAACAUGUGAGAAAAGUUUCAGUAGACGGAGUAAUUUGUCGGUCCACAAGAGAAUUCACACUGGUGAGAAGCCACAUCCUUGUGAAACAUGUGAGAAAAGUUUCAGUAGACGGAGUUAUUUUAAUUUGUUGGUCCACAAAAGAAUUCACACUGGUGAGAAGCCACAUACUUGUGGAACAUGUGGGAAAAGUUUCAGUCAACAGGGUAGUUUGUCGGUCCACAUUAGAACUCACACAGGUGAGAAAUCGGAUAAGUUGGAGACAACGCAGCAGUCGUCCUUGGUUCCCUCUCAGUCCCUGUCUCGGAAUGUUUCGGUGCCGGAAAACUAG